UUUUCUCACGACUACGGCGCGCUUUCACCCUUCUUGGGGUUGACAAAGUAUCCCUUACGGGUGUCAACUCUUGGAGCAGGGCAUGCGCUGGCAAAUCAGGAAUGGUCGGACUGUGUCUGGGUUACAUGAUAAGUGGAUUCUUGCCUUGCACCCGGCUACCCCGUGUUAUAACCCUCGGGUGUUGGCAAAAGGGGGUGAUGUUAGGGUGGCGGAUUUUUCAUGUCCUGGUGAGGGUCGCUGGUCUGACGCAAAGUUAGUCCAAUGGUUCCAUCCAAAUACUUGUCGUGCGAUUAAGGUCAUCCCGCUACCUUGCCAAGAUAUAGAGGAUAAGCUAGUAUGGCACGACACGUGUGAUGGGAUCUUCACUGUGAAAUCAGCGUAUCACUUGACGGUGUUGUUGACCAGCGACAGGGUCGAUGGAUAUCGACGGUUAGCUGGAUCGAUCGACAAAGGUGGAUCCCAUUGUGGGAUUCCCCCAUUCCUCCUAAAUUGAAAGUCUUUUUAUGGCAAGUCUUCCACCGAUUCUUACCAACAAUGGAAGCCCUUAUCAAGAAAGGUGUCCUGGUGCAACCCAAAUGGCCGGUUUGUUGGGCUGAGUCUGAAAUUUUGGAGCAUCUCUUUCUAGAAUGCCCUAUGGCUAGAGGAUUAUGAGACCAUGCUGGUUUGGAGCACCUUGGUCAAGGCUUUCCCCGUUACUCGCUCCUACCGUCACUCUAGAAAAUGGCCAAGUGUAACCACCUCCUAAAACGUAGUAUAGCGGGUUUGGGUUUUAAUGUCAACCCGGGUCCUAGAUGUGAUGACUACUCCGUGAGUUCUUAUUAUUUAGCAGUGGAACUUUAGUGAAGAUCCAAACAAGCAAAGCAGUAAAAAGGUUGUUUUCAAGUCGAGAGAGGUCACCGGGAUAUGGUUUCCCCUAGACUGCCGUUAAGCUGGAUUGUAAUUUACCAAGUUCAAGUUCAAUGAUAGUUAUACUGCGGGAGGUUCUUAAACAGUCUGCAGUUUCUACUAAAGAUCUCCAGACCCUCUCAAUCUGAGCCCCCAGCGGGCGACUAACCUCCACCGGAGUAAACAGAUUGAGGCCCUAACGAACCAAACCCCCACUACCGAAGUAAAUUCGGUACAAAAUAGUGAAUUGACUCCUCGACUAAAGUCGCCAAUUCACUACCUUCAAUCAAGGGUGCUCUAUCAAACUAGGCAGAUAUUCUCUUUCUAGGUUAAAGCAGAAACAACAGGAAUUUGAUCAGGAUUCAUGUCAUUCAACAAAUCAAACCUCAGUUGAAUAUAAUCAUAUCACUGAAUCUGUACUUGGGUUCAUACAAUCAGACCUAACAUACAAAUCUAGGGUUCUUCAUACCCAGGUGAAUAAGAAAGUUACUCUAUAGAGAGAGAUGGGAAAUCUAGCUCAGAUGUGGAAAUCAUACUGUGAAGGAUGAGAAUAUGCUUCUGGCACUCAAUCAUCUCUUCUCCAAGCUCAAGCCGCGCUCCAAUGGUGAUGGAGAUCGAUCAAAGACACUUGCAGAAUCAGGUUCGUCACUUUCUCUCUCUAGGUUUACACUUUUUCUCUCUAAAACUCGGAACCCUUCACUUUUGCCCUUCUUUUCCCUUAAGAAGCUGUCUGUCGCGAUCCCCGACCUGAAUACCCGAUCGGGUAUUAUGGAUGGAGACCGGGUAUCUUCAAAAUGAACCGUCGGGGAAUAGGGGUUAAUCCCCGGUCAGGGUCAAGAAUACCCGACUGGGGAUUUUUUAUUGCUGCCCGGGCCCCCUUCUGCUUCUCAAACGCCCGAAACAUGAAUUCCCCGGUCUGCUCCAAAUAAUACCCAGCCGGGUAUUUUGCUCAUCCAACACACUUCAACCCAAACGUGCUCCUUUCGACCCGAAACUCGUUUCUUCGCCUCGAUGCCAAUGCUAAGUCCUGAAAUAUAACAUAAACGCACAACCUAGCGUGAAAUCGGCUUAAAACACGAGAAUCAACAUCUCAAACGGCUCAAGAAUAGGGAUAAAAACAUGUGCAAUCAAUGGUCUAUCACCCGUCAUACCCUACCGCUUCUUAUCAAAACCUACUGGCUAUCAUCCGGAGCCCCCAUCAAGUUAUGGCAUUCAUUGCCGUGCUUUGGCGGAUUUGGAAAUAUCAGAACUAGUUGUCUUUGAUGGCAAACAGUUUGGGAUCCCAACUCUGAUGAGGCAGUACCUUCAGCAGUUGUAUGAAUGGAUUAACCUCUAUGAUUAUCUUUUGUAAAAAAAAACUAAAAAAACU